GCUCCGGGCCCAUGGAGACAUGGCCUGUAGAGUGCUCGGCUGGGCAGUGCCACCUCCCCCCCGGCUGACGCGCAGGUUCCUCUUCAUCUUCACGCUCUCUCUGUCCUGCACUUACCUGUGUUACAGCCUUCUCUUCUGCUGCGACAGCCUCAUGCAAAGCCGUGGCCUCGGGGAGCACCGCUGCCUUCUCAUCCAGAACGUGGGCGGCAAGAAACUUCUCCAGAAGUCCCCUUACUGCAGCCUAGAGGGGCCCGCGCCCAGCGCUGCUUCCCCCGGGGCCCCCGCCCUCAGUUCCGCGCCCGCACCCGCUCCCCGCCUGGCCACCACCAACCAUUCUGGAACCCCGAAACUGGGCACGAAGCGGCUACCCCAGGCCAUCAUCGUAGGUGUGAAGAAGGGGGGCACCCGGGCGGUGCUGGAGUUUAUCCGCGUACACCCAGACGUACGGGCUGUGGGUACUGAGCCCCACUUCUUUGAUCGGAACUACGACCGGGGUCUGGACUGGUACAGAAGCCUCAUGCCCAGGACACUUGAAAGUCAGAUUACAAUGGAGAAAACACCCAGUUACUUUGUGACCAAGGAAGCCCCAAGGCGCAUUUUCAAUAUGUCCCGAGAUACCAAACUGAUCGUGGUUGUCCGGAACCCCGUGACACGGGCUAUCUCGGAUUACACCCAAACGCUUUCCAAGAAGCCAGACAUCCCAACCUUUGAGGGGCUUUCCUUUCGCAACAGGAGCCUAGGACUCGUGGAUAUGUCUUGGAACGCUAUCCGCAUCGGCAUGUAUGUGGUGCACCUGGAGAGCUGGCUUCAGUACUUCCCAUUGGCCCAGAUCCACUUUGUCAGUGGGGAGCGCCUCAUCACAGACCCUGCCGGGGAGAUGGGCAGAGUCCAGGACUUCCUAGGCAUCAAAAGAGUCAUCACAGACAAGCACUUCUAUUUCAACAAGACCAAAGGCUUCCCUUGCUUGAAAAAGACAGAGAGCAGCAUUCUACCGCGCUGUCUGGGAAAAUCCAAAGGGAGAACUCAUGUACAGAUAGACCCUGAGGUGAUAGACCAGCUCCGAGACUUUUAUAGACCUUAUAAUAUUAAAUUUUAUGAAACUGUUGGGCAGGACUUCAGGUGGGAAUAACAGCUUGUGACGGGAGUGUGCUCUCCAGGCUUCAUUGAGGACAGUUCUUGAGUACACAUGCCCCACUCCCUGCCACUGCCAUCCACAUGCCCAUGAUUCCCAUGUUACCUAAUGCCUCAUAUCACCUCAUUCUUCCUUCCCCUCACCCUCAACACAUCCAUAGGACAGCCAACACAAAACCUUUCUAGGGCUAAAAGAGCCAGGGGAAACCAACCUGGACUUUUCUGACCUGUCAGAAAUCACAAAUCAAGGCUUGUCUGUCCCUAGUCCAACCAGGUUCCUAUUUACCUUUGGACUUUGUUUCUGCCACAUGGCAGUCACCCACAGAGCCCUUUAAAACAGGAUAGAGUAUGACUUCCCUGCAAUGGGGCAGCCCUGGACAACCUGCCUGUGAAGAAAAUGAAUUUUCCCAGAGAUUACAAAUAUAUUGCUAUGUAUACACCAGUCUAUCCCUAUUGCUGUCUACACAGAAAUGGGCUCUGUAAACUCAGUUCCUAAUUGUCAUGUGCCUACCCUUUAUGCCCAUGGAGAGUUCACUGGCUCAGACCUCCCAAUACAGUCUGGGGGAAGAGAAGAGUCCUUCCAUCAUACGCCCUCACACCCUCCAGACCCCUGAGAGCAACUUUCCCACCCUGUCCUCCACCACCAGAAGCUAGAGAAAGGAAGGACUCUCCUCAUUCCCAGGAAGGCUGAGCCCUUGGUCUCUAAGAGAAAGCUGGGACCAUGAAGAUGUCGAUGGAUAUGUCUGGGAAGCAAUGUCUUUGAAAGCCACAUUGGGAUGAUAGCUGGUCCUGUGAAUAAAGCACAGAUUUUUGUGGUUACGGGUACUUCACUGGCACUAGUAUUCUUGUUCAGCAUGUAAUCCAUGCUUGUUCAUGUGAAAUAAAGAUGGCUCUCUCUUGUCCUUAACAAUGUGCUUUUUUUCCUCUUCAGUACAUGUCUUGGUGAACUUGGGCAUGCCAUCAUCAGUAAUAAUCCAGAAAAUGGGUAGGUAACUUUGCCCCAAGAGUCAUGCCAGAAAGCAAGGGUGGGGCUGGCAAAGCUGAUAAUGAAUGUAGUUCUUGGUUGACAAAAGUAGGAUUGGAAAGAUCGACACCAGAAGUAUCACUGCAAUCCAUGGCCAGGCAUAAGAAGGGUAUGACCAAGCCACAGACCCACAGUCUUCCUUCCCCCUCUUUUCCUUUCACUACUUCCCUCAUAAGAGACCUCUGUGCAUCUGUCUGUUUUUCUCACCCUCUGUCUCCAUAUAUAUACAUACGUGUGAAUACAGAAAUAAUACACACAUAAUAUAGAUUGAUACAGGUAUAUAUCCAACCCUUGACUUUCCCUUCUUCUUUCCUGGCCAAGGAAAAAGCCCAAGGAAUUUUAAGAUCUGACUUGAUGUAAGAGGGAGAAGGGAGGGGAAAUCUUCAGACAUUAGUCCCAGAACCUUUCUUGGUCUCACUGAACCAAAGAACUGUCAGGAAGUCAAAGAACCAACUGCCUUUCCCUAGAUAAUGUAACUUAAUACAGUUUCACCCCUAAGGACACAUUGAUCUCUGUAGUCCAUUUUAAUAGAAUUCAAGGAGGUGUCAGAGAUGAUGAUGGAGAGUUUUGGAUUGAGGAGCACCCCCCUCAUUCCCUAAUAGAACAGUAGACUGGAAGUUAGGGAUUGAAAAGAAGGUAGAGAAAAUUUGAAGAUUAAGGAGUUUCUCUCCACUCUUGGGACUAUUUUAUCCCCAUGGAAGAGAAGAGACACCCUAGGAUGAUUAUACCUAUUCUUUUUGGCCUCAGAGGUCAGAAUUAGGACCAAUGGGUAGAAGUUACACAGAGGAGGGUUUUGGUUCAACAUAAGGAACAAAUUCUAGACAAAUAGAGUUGCUCAAGAAUGGAGUAGUUACUAUUUAUACAACAAUGACAAUGAUGACACAGGUAGCACAGGGA